AUGGUGGUGCCCGAGUCUGGCAACGUCUGGGACGUUCUCGCCCUCGCCGGCACAGGCCUGGCGAGCCCGCCAGGAGGAGGAACGACGGCAGCAAGCGAGAAGUCGAAAGGCUCCUCGAGGAUGUUGAAGUUGCCCGCGGAAACCCGGCCCUUGUCGAUCGACAAGGGCUUAGUGGAUGCGAUGCCUGGUCGACUCGAUCAGGAUCCGGCGAUGGAUGUCACCUUGCUGAAACCUUGA